AUGAUAAACUCGACCACUCGUUGGCCAAUCAUCAGAGUCGUGGCGUACGGACUGCCCGACACUUGGGUCGGCAUUACCAAGGCGUCGGCCACUCGCAGACCUUUCAGACCAAUCACACGUAACUCCGGAUCCACUACAGAGUGUGUAAACCGUUGUGAGGGGUCGCCCAUACGACAGGUGCCUACCGGCGCGUUGGCUGUUAUAGUCAAAUACCUGGCUAAGCACUCGUUGUACUUGUUAAUAUUCAUUAAGUCUUUGUCACAUUCAGUAGGCUUUCCAAAGGCGUACACAUUAAAGCCUCCACGUCCUCCCUAUUGGAGUAGUAUUUGGGAUCAAUUAGGGGCGAGACGUACGGGUCUUGAGGUGGAACUGGUUCGUGUGGGCACUAUUAAGGUGGAUGUGUCCCACUGUUCCCGUGAAUUCUUUAGGGAGCAUAGGGUGUGGUUAGUGGCCUAUAAGAUCACUAAAGACGGUUCCAGCAGUAAGGAUGACAUCAAAGCCUCAAUCAGAAGUUCGUUUAAAGCUCCGACACCAGAUAUAGUGAAGAAAAAAAUGAACACAACGACCGUAAUCUUUGAAGGAUUGGAACCCAAAUUUAAAUACAAAUUAGGAAUAGUAUUAGAGGAUGACCAUGGUUAUAUAGAUUGGGAUGACAUUUAUCUUGAUACAAAUCUGACAAGUGUUGUUUCGGAACUGGUAAUGACCACUUCCUCGACAGUCAACUCUUCGUUUAACUAUUUAAACGAAGAGUUGACUGUCGAGGAAGUGGUCAUUACCAGUUCCGAAACAACACUUAUUACGGUCGUUGUGUUCAUUUUUUUCUUCACUAUAUCUGGUGUCGGAGCUUUAAACGAACUUCUGAUUGAGGCUUUGAUGUCAUCCUUACUGCUGGAACCGUCUUUAGUGAUCUUAUAG